AUGACAACACAGAUAUGCCGAGGGGGUUGGACCGGACUUGGAGAAUUCAUCAAAUCAAGCCUAAGGCAAGAGGACGUUGAAGCACUCAUGCUGUGUCCCGAUGUUCCAACGCAGGAAUCCGCUUGGAGUAUUAUAUCCGUCAGUAUCACAGGGUUUCAACUUCAAUCCCGGAUAAGGGGUCUUCUCCAAUCUCACGCUGAAUUAUGCGACAAUAUCCGAGCACCUAGCACCACCCUGACUAUCAGGAACUCGGAGUUUACCAUCCGUAAAAUCCUAUGGAGCUUACUCAUUUGUACUAUUCAGUUAGUUUCUCAAAAUCACAAGAGCGACGUUGUCGAGAAUUAUAUCGAUUUGGUGGCAAAACUACAGCGCCCCGUAUCAAGCGCAUAUACUCUCGCCACGUCAGGGGCGGUCAUGAUGCCUAAGGUUGCGGAAGCUAUAGAGGAGGCUCUCAGUUGUAUUGCUACAUUCCUAUGUAGUUCUUUCAAAUUCUUCCGCCUCAGACGUCAUGAUAAAUUGGCCGGUCAUGCCUGGAAACAGCUUGAAAAUGUAAACGAAAGAACAGAGCAUGAUGUCAGCCAAAAACUCUCACACAUCAAGACCAAAUUGCGAGCUGGGCACCAACGUAGAACGGAUUCACAAAUGACAGAGAUUCUAAAAAGGCUAGAGACCAUAAACACGUCCAACACACCCCAAAUCUCCCUUCGCAUACUACCGUUUCCACAGAAUCCCCGAUUCUUCGGGCGAAAAACCGAAUUGUCACAGAUAGACAAGCUUCUUAGAGUAGAUGACAGCAGUGCUUCUUCAUCACAGAAAGCAGUCGCGCUAUACGGAAUUGGCGGAGUGGGUAAAACGCAAAUAGCGCUACAAUACGCCUACAUCAACACAUCAUCAUGGAGUGUAAUUCUCUGGGUCUCUGCCGUUUCGAAACUACAACUUGCAGAAGAAUACCAUAGGAUUGCCGUAAGAGCCGGUCUUGUUGCGACCUCUAACUGUAGCAACGUUGAAUCAUCCCGACAGCUAGUUCUGGAUUGGCUUGCUUCUCUUCAUGAGAGUUGGUUAUUAAUAUUUGAUAAUGUCGACGAAGAAGCAGAACUUGAAACGUACUGGCCAUCUGGGCCCCAAGGCGCUAUUAUCAUGACAACUCGUAACCCAUUACUUACUAUGGCAACGACAUCUAUCGGCAUCGAACCUUUCAGUACCGCAGAAGGAUCCGCAUUUCUAUAUUCGCUAAUCGCAAAAGUACCAGGGACACGCGGAUCUGACCAUGACUCAGAAGCUAUCUCUAACCGGCUGGGAGGUCUGCCUCUCGCAAUCAACCAGAUGGCGGCAUUCAUACUAUCCAGGGCAAUGUCUCUAGAUGAGUUUCGAAAGAUGUAUGAAAAGUUCAGCCAGAAAUAUAACGGCAUCGCAAGGCCAGGGUCGACAUUCUAUUAUAAAUAUACAAUCAACAGCACAUGGGAAUUGUCACUUUCUAAACUGAGUCGAGAUUCGAAGGCCCUUCUUCAAAUCCUGUCGUUUUUUCAACCGGAUGGAAUUCCUGUAGAAGUACUUCGCCCCCUAUCGAGCGAUACGGCCACAGGAGCUGUUGCUGGGGCCCCGAAUGGAGAAGAAGAAAUAUCUGAAGCCAUCGGAGGCCUCGUGGAAAGGGCACUAAUCAAACGUGUAGGCGAGAUUGAUAGCUAUGUUAUGCAUCGGCUAGUCAAGGAGACGACGUACAAGAAUAUGGAUAAGGUCGAAUGUUUGCAGGCGUAUAAAACUGCAGUUUACCUAGCAAAUUCGAUAUUCCCUAAACAGAAUGCCGGAACCCUGAUGGUCAAGCACUGGCCUGAGUGCGAGAGAUACUUGCGCCAAGUUCUAACCUUGGUGUCCCACUACGGGGAACUCAAGCAAGAGUUGACACCUCUUUCGGACUUAGCCGAACUAACAAGCAAUGCAGCUUGGUAUAUGGAUGAGCGCGGCCUUGGCCAUCAUGCUCUUGACUUGAUUCAAGUCGGAUUGGAGAACUGCGGUUCUGCGAAGACUCCGGUCGAAGCACAUCUGCACAACACGGCUGGUACCAUAUAUUCCGUCCAGAAUAAGUCCGAUUUGGCUUUGAAUGAACUACACAUGACCAAGGACAUAUACGAGUCUCUCUACGGAAAAGACGACCUCACAGUAGCAGGGGCCUACAACAACAUUGCCAAUAUCUUAACAGCCAACGGUGAAUAUGAAGCAGCAUUAUCGAUGCAUCGAAAAGCGGUCGAUAUAAGACAGCAGCCACACGAGACCCGAGACAUUACGCUUGGUCAGUCAUUUGGAAAUAUCGCUCACUGCCAUUAUCUGAGUGGCCAGAUAGAAGCAGCCAAAGAGACUGUUCAAAAAUCCAUAACUCUAUGGGAAGAACACUAUGGGCGCUAUAGUAUGCCGGUCGCUAAGCUCCUCUACCUUGAAGGAAACAUCUGCCGUGCAGCUGGCGACCUAUAUCGGGCCCUUCAAGUGCACAAUGAAGUGCUUGGGAUUCGUAAAGACAUCCUUGGACAGCAUGAAGCUACCGCAGCAUCACACUACAAGAUAGCUUGCAUCCUCGAGCAACAGGGGGAGUACAUCAACGCCGAGGAUCAUCUCAGACAGUCGAUAGAAGCCUGUGGUAAUGAUGAAGCAAUAGCAGGAUCUAGAGCACGAGGGAUGUAUCGGAGAGCUAUGGUAUUGACGAAACUUGGAAGGGAUGAAGAAGCAAACGAGGAGAAGACGAAAGCCGGAAAACUGCGCGAAUCGGCAUUUGGCAUUCCUUUGGAUGAGAGAGACUCACAGGAAAGUUAUGACUCCUUGAUAUGGUUGAAUUAUAGAUAAUGGGAAACGAUGUUUAGACAGAGUGUGGUGAUAGGGAAAAUUGGACAAUCGUUACGAAAGUAGAACAUUGACCUCUUAACCCCUUAACCCCUUAACCCCUAUAUAUACCUAGGUACCUACCUACGUAUUUCGUGUAUUACGUCAUUAGGACUACAUGCAUGUAACGCGUUACAUUUAUGCAAUAAGAAAC